ACCAAAGUGGACCCCAAUAUUCUGGGCACCGUCGAGACAAGAUCAAUCUGGAAGACAACUCUUGACGACCCUUCAUUCUCCAUACGCUCGAUCCCACCAGGACUGGAUCCUGGCCGAACAAGGACAGGACGAAGUGGCCUUUUGGAAACCCCAAGUCGGUUUACAGGGCGACAUUUGCAGAGACUUGAACGGGCUGAGAUUGUGCGGACUGACAAAGUGAUAGAGCUAUGAGUCCAACAGAAGUUGCCUGGAGAGUCAAAACUCGUCCGUGCCCUUUUUAUCAGCAAGGCAGAUGCGUGUUCGAAGAAUCGUGCAAUUUUGUCCACGACAUCUCCGUCCGCCCUCGUCCCAUUCCUGAUCAAUACACCGCUCCUGUGUCGCCUUCACCGUCACCGCACCGUCUGCCUGAACUUUUGGAUGCGCUGAGCGAUGUCCUCGACCCAGACCCAUUCACGGAGAGCCUGCAUUCGGUGUCGCUCGUUCAGGAACACGGCGUGUCGCCGCAUAUAGCGGGCGAAGGGUGGACGCUGGUGAACAACAGCACCCACGACGACUCCGCGAACGAUCUCCUCUCGCCAAUGUCUCUUCCCGACCUCAAGCUGUCGCGCUUCUCGACGAUGGGCGUUCCGGUGACCAAGAACAACUCCGACUCGUUUGACUCGGGCUACGGAUCUUCCUCGUCGUCGCCGCCCCCAGUGCCUUCGUCGACAUUGAACCUGAUCGCAUCUCCGUUCGGCUCGCCAUCGGAACGCAUGGGGAUGGGUCUGGUCGGUGUGGGUGUGGGUGUUGGUGUUGGUGUUGGCAUGGGCGCGAGCCGGUUGUUCUCGAUGCCAUUCAGCUCGCCUGGUGGGAAAUGGCGGGAGGAAAGCCCGGACUUGGACUCACCAUCGAAGCUCCGACGGUCGGUUGGGAUGGUUGGAGAGGAGAAGAAUGCUACUCCGAUGGAGGAUUCCCGACGCUUGUCCACCCCCUCACCGUCCUCCCCGUUAGACCUGACGGAAACUUCCGCGGACCAGUCUUUCUCUGAAUCCCCCGAUGAAGAGACUACUCAGAACGUGGACUACGUAGUCGCAUCGCCGGAAGUCACACGCGUACAGGAGAACGACACCAUCCAUGGGCUUUAUGAUGUAUAUCUGCACUCGCCCCCGCAAGAGGCGGUUGUCCCCGAGACAGCAUCAAUAGACGAAGAGCGCGGGCGUAUCCGGCCACGUGUAUUUACACCUCCCCCCGCUGCUAGCAAGUUCGAUCCCCCGGAUUCGUCGACGCCGUCGAGUGGCGAUCGGCCCAAAUCUCCGGCGUCAGUGUUCACAUCUCCUGAACCGAUCCCCUCCCGGCCCGUAUCGAGAGCGUCGACCAUAUCGAGAGCGUCGACCAGAGCGUCGACCAGCAGGCUGCCGGCUCAAAUUCCGUUUCACAUCACACCAGAACCGACCGGAGGAAAGGUUCCUUUCGGGUUCAACAGCAAGCGGAACUCCAGGAGGAUGGGUCCCGUACCAGCAUCUGCCUCUGCUGUGCAGGAAUCAUUUGGAUCUCCGCGCAGGAGAAGGAUAUCGAGGAGCGUUACUCCUGCUUCAGCAUCUGUUCUGCGCUCUACGUUCUUUGAAGCAGAACAGGACGCUCCAAUUCCUGCAAAAGGACUGAAGCAACUGCGCUUGUCGACCAUCUUCACACAACCUAUCAAUUUCAAUUUACCACCACCGGAACCGAUACCCACUGAAUCACCACGGAUAUUUUUACCCGAAGCCGAACCUGACAAGGAAAACGACGAGGACCACGACGACAUCGACAAUGACGACGAAGACCAUGACCAAGACGACACUCACGAACAAGACGAAACUGACUUCACGAUCCGCAGGCGAAUCGUCCCGCCACCUAUCCAGAUUCCCUCACCGCUGGUGCGAGCUAAUUCGGCCAUCGGCUUCACGCAACAUCCCGCGACACCUCGUCCCACGCUUUUGUUCGCCAUCGGGUCGGACGAUCCUGACGCCGUGCGCAAGGUGCUCGAAUCCGGGGAAGCCAACGCAAGCGAUGCGGCUGGGCCGAAUGGGGAGAGCGCUCUGGAGUUCACAUUAGCGAAUCCACAGCUGAAGCGGAAGAACGAGAUCGCCAAGGUCUUGUUGGCGUUUGGCGCUGGCGGCAAGGAGAACGCGAUGGGAGAUGAUGUCGAUCCAGCGAUCAGGUACUACGUCAAACGAGCGGCAGAAGAGCAUACUAAAAAGUCUGGCGCACUGAUCCACCGCUCAUUCUUCCGUCCACUGACAGGGAUCCGCUACGAGCUGAUUGGCCAAGACCGGGCGUUGGAGCAGCUGUUCCGGGUUCUGAGCAUCCACUCGCAGCAGCUGUCGGUCGUCCCUGUGGUGGUUCUGCUGUGCGGGCCAAGUGGUCACGGCAAGAGCCAUCUCGCGAGAAAGUUCGGGGCAUUGCUCGAUGUGCCGACGCAUACGGUCAACAUGACAACCCUGAGGACGGGGCAUGACUUGUGGGGGGCAUAUUCGAUGAAUCCCUUCGAGGCAAGUUGUUGGUCGUCUCAGAAUCCUUAUCCUGCUUCUCAUACAGCGACACAGGAGCCUAGCACAUCUACUCUCGCCGAAUUCCUGAUCAACAACGAGGGGAAGAGAUGCGUUGUGGUCCUCGAUGAGAUUGAGAAAGUGGAAGAGAAAACACUUUGGACUCUGCUGAUGCCAUGGGAGUCUGGCCGCUGCUCAUUUGACGCCAACAGCCGGCACAUCGAUGUUCGAAAUGUCAUCUGGCUCGGGACGUCCAAUCUCGGGGCCGACCUCGUCUUUGAGCAUCAUCAGACACGGGCUAACCCCACCGAGCUGGUGUCGCGGCCUGAGUAUGUCCAGCUCAUGAACCUCGUCAGAGACCCUGUCUCGAAACACAUGGGGGCCUCGCUGCUGUCGCGUGUUUCGACUGUUCUGCCGUUCGUCCCGUUUACGAAGGAGGAACAGGAGGCUCUAUGCGCAGAGGCCUUCCACACACUCGGCGCAGGCUUGCUGGGAGACGACGUGCAGCUGGACACGCUCAUUCGCGGCGCAAUGGAAAGUUACGUUCCGGAAGAAGGGGCCAGGUCGCUGAGUAGGGGAGUAGGCAACUUCGACGGCCCACCGGAUCCGGCGCAGUCAGAAGCAACGUGGGCCGUGCACUCGGCGUCGACGCUCCACAUCGGCCCCCGCGCGUCGGUGUUCCGGGCGCAGAUCGCGCGCCCGCAUCAAAGCCGGAUGCUCGAUGCCGUGUUGAAGAUGGAUGUGCGCGGGCGGCGGGAGACGGCGUUUCUGAACGAGGAGCGGGCGUAUGCGAAGGCGGAGCGAUUGCAGGGGAGUGUGUUGCCCGUGCUGUAUGGCCGCGUCCAAGCGCGCCUUUCUGAUGGGGUGGUGGUUACGUGUCUGGUGCUGGAAUACUGCGGAGAGCCGAUGGAACGCGAGCUGUGGCAGGUAGAGAACCCCUUUAUGAGCAAUAUCCUGCUCUGCGUCGCGGCGUUGCAUGCCGAGGGUGUUACACACGGCGAUAUAUAUACCAAGAACAUUCUCAGCCGAAACGGCGCCCCCGUCCUCAUCGAUCUCGAGUGCAGCCAAUGCCACAAAUGUGAAAUCAAUAUAAGGACAGUCGGAGGCACCAUCAUGCCAACAGUGGACGAAUACGGUUGCGCCGAGCUGCACAAUCUCAUUUGCAGGAUGCAGCUGUGGCAACCUCGAUCGCUUCCAUUUUGCGAUGUCUACUUGGUGAAGGACGAGCUCAAGUCCGAGGCUGACAUCAUCACAUGGAUUCCUCCGCAUGUAGAUCCGGACGCCCGGGCCAGGUUCAUGGAACGUGCGCGAGCUUUGUGGGACGAUGUGCGAGAGGAGCGGAUGUUGACCUACGGUUCGACUGACCCUCCUGGUCGCAGGACGCGUCUGGAUGUCGUCCAGACCAGCUCCAGAUGUGCUGUGGUUUUCUAAUGUGGUCCUCAGCAGAGCGACGGGCCUCAUGCUUGGCCUUAUAUCCAUUGACCGCGGGAUGCAUAAGCUCUAUCUAGGAACGGGACAGCGGGGUUCUGUACCUACAAGCACUAGCCUGCUAGGCCAUGGCAUAUGCUACACUCCAAACAAGCCAUCAGCCCCUGCAGCGCAAUCAGCGACUACCAGCCUGGUAACCGUCCCGUGCAUUAGCUGAGCGGGGAUGAUCGUGAGAAGCUAGUUCAGAGUUUGGCAGGAUGGAUGUAGGGCGGAUGUCUGGUAGGCAAUGUCGCCGAGGCCUCACCCUUGAGGACACUACUGCCAGCGAAGAUAACACAGCGAAGAGCUAGCAACCGGAAUUUUUUUGUUGAUUAGACCGACAUAGGCGAGUCGGGAGCAAGAUUGCAAUUAGUUCGGGGGGAGAUAGAAACCCUGUCUAGGGGCAGGCAAUACCAGCAGUGCAAUUUAGGCGAUUAUGACGGGGAUAGCGACCCUCGCAUAGACUAGUGUGACUGACUGACCGUGGGCGUGUGAGGUUUGAAGUUACAUGCGUCCGGAUAACGACUUGAUGACACCGCCUUUGGGUUGAUAUCGCUGAGUGCUCGUUUCGGAUCCGUUGCAGCGCGUAGAGCCGUCAAGUACGAGUCGCAAGUGGUCACCACCGCGUGGAUUUUGAAGUGCUGCCAGUGUUAGGUAGUUGCCAAGGUCGGAACUGUUGAUGUUUUGAUGAGCGGCAUGGAUCGCUGUCGUUAGGCUGUUCCAGGCCACUGGAAGCAAUGACAAGGUACUGAUUCCGCUCUUUCUUUCUCUUCUCUUUCUUGAGCUCUUUCGACCACCUUCCGCUCCCCUCAUCGUCGAGGCAGCAUCUUGAUCGUCGGCCCUGGCGCGGUCCCCCACGUUCCUUUCACUAUAGUAUGCACAACCAUUUGAAACGCUUGCCCGCGGUGCGGGCACGGUAUAACAAGAAGCGUCUCCCUUCGGAAGGCUGGAACGACGCACAUUUGGCUCCCAGAUUCACUCUCACAGCACCCAUUACAAUAACAAGAAUCUUCAGUCCGAUUCCAACAGAGGCGUCGACGCCAACUAUCACGACCACGAUACAGCCUACUGCUCCCCCAGUCACUUCCACCACUACCAUCACGACUUCGCCUCCCGCAUCUACGACGCUGUCCCCGCCUCCCGCUGCGAGCACGUCCACAUUCACAUCAACAUUCACGCCGCCCUCGUCCGCACUCGCCACCAACCCAGCCUCGUCCGCGUCCGACACAGACAGCACCAAUGUCGCGCCAUCGAGCGCCGCCGUGCCCAUCCCCGUCGGGUCCGCGAUCAACGCGAAACCAGUCAGCAUCGGCGGCGUGAGCACGGGCUCGUCGAGCUCACUGCCGACCGGCGCGGUCGUCGGCAUCACGCUCGCGAUCGUGCUACUGCUCGUCGGCGCGAUCCUGUUCUUCCAGCGCAACCGCGCGAUGCGGCAGCGUGAGAUGCGACGCGCGACGGCCGCGUGGGCGCAGCCGCGCCCUGCCGACAACUGGGGGGCACCCCGAGCGACGGAGGGGUACGCUGCGUAUGGCAACGGGAACGGGAACGGGAACAGACCCCCCAUGGCUGAGGCGACGCCGGGCAUCUCGUUCACGCCUGCGCCCGCGCCGUCCAUGCCGGCCCCGCUUGUGGCGUCGUACAACAACCCUGUUGCCCCGUCUGCGAUGGCUGCGGGGGCCCUAGCGUCCGCGGGCAAAGACAGCGCCACGGUCCGCUACGAAUUCAUUCCGUCCCUGCCCGACGAGCUGUCCAUCACCGCUGGCCAAACGCUGCGCGUCGUCGCAGAAUACGACGAUGGGUGGGCGCUCUGCACGAACCCCCGCGGCGAGCAGGGGAUGGUGCCCCUCGAGUGCCUGGAGAUGCAGGGCAAGAGCGACGGAUUGUUGGGUGACCGACAGGAGUACCGCAAUUCACGCCGGACGAGCAGUCUGGCGCCGGGCAAGAACUAUUAAUGCGUGGGUCGACGGUUGAUGAGCUGAGGACGAGGACUGGGUCAUGUUUUCUAAAUUAUCGUAAUGGACUUGCGAGUUUGUUAUUUUGUGCAACUUAUUAUAGUUUUCGGCUGGUUUUCCCGAACGGGGACCGUUCGUCUGUCGUUUUGUCUGUCCGCUCUGCAUCCAUCUUCAACCAAGUCUUGUACAGUACUGCACUUCUAGGGUUCCUCUGUACUUUGAAUGUAUGGCAUCCGGUUCUGACGAGAGAUUCCGGAUCUGUGAUCUGGGAUCUCGGACCUGACGAUCCCCACACACUCUGCGCGUUGCACGUGAAAUCGUGAGUCAAA